AUGCUUGUCAACACUAUGGACCUGACGUUGUCCAACAUUACCUACAUCAUCGUGGAGAUUCUCAUUGGGCUCUGCGCCAUAGUAGGCAAUGUGCUGGUCAUCUGGGUGGUUAAGCUGAACCCCAGCCUGCAGACCACCACUUUCUAUUUCAUUGUUUCCUUAGCCCUGGCUGACAUUGCUGUUGGGGUGCUGGUUAUGCCUUUGGCCAUUGUCAUCAGCCUGGGCAUCAGAAUCCACUUCUAUAGCUGCCUUUUCAUGACCUGCCUGGUGAUGAUCUUCACCCACGCCUCCAUCAUGUCCUUGCUGGCCAUUGCUGUGGAUCGAUAUCUACGGGUCAAGCUCACUGUCAGAUUCAGGAUUCCUGAGAUCUCUGAAUACAGAACAUUCCUGCUGAAGGUUUGCUUCUUUCAAGUCAUGAUGCUCUUCCUUCUACUCUCCUUGGCUCUCUUUUCAGAUGCCAUGGUCAUGGAUGAAAAGGUCAAGGAAAGCUUUGUGCUAGACACAGCUUCUGCCACCUGCAACUAUGAUGCUCACUAUAAGGACUACCCCAAAUACUGGUGCCGAGGCUAUUUCCGGGACUACUGCAACAUCAUUGCCUUCACACCUAAUAGCAAUGGCCGUGUGGCCCUGAGGGACACGGGAAGCCAACUUAUUAUCACUGUGUCCUGCCUGACCAAGGAGGACACGGGCUGGUAUUGGUGCGGCAUCCAGAGGGACUUUGCCAGGGAUGACAUGGAUUUUACAGAACUGGUUGUGACUGACAACAGAGGCGCCCUCACCAAUGAUUUUUGGUCUGAUAAAGGCCUUCCAGGCAACAAGAAUAGAAGCUGCAGGGCUUCCAAAGUUAUCCAGAAGGCAGAUAACUCCAGGAUGUCCAUUCUCAUCAUCUGCAUACUGAUCACGGGCUUAGGGAUCAUCUCUAUAAUCAGCCAUUUGUACAAAAGAAGGAGAAGUCAAAGGAAUAGGAGGGUAGACGACUCUUUGAAGCUCUUCUCGUGUGUCCUGACUCCAGAGGAAAUGGCUCACACUGAACAGAUGUGA